AUGCCUAAAGCUUUGCCUCCCUCUGAUGUCCAGAAUAAUGUUGAUAAGCUCAUAAAAGGCCUUCACUUCUCAGAAAUUCACUCUCAAACUGGUGUCAGUACUGGAAUGAUUAGCAGGAUAGGGGCAAUGCACUGUCCUGAGCUCCCCAAGCACUCAGGUGGCUGCCCUUCUAAGCUCUCACCCACCAAUAUUUGCCAUGCCACCCACCUGUUGACUGGCCCUGCCCCCACAACCCCAUGCCUAGUUGCUCAAGAGCUCUCUAGCACAAAUGAGGACACUGUCUCAAGCCUUACUUUGCAUUGGGCAGUGCAGAAAGCUGGUGUGGUGCCUUUUGUCAAGCCCAAAAAGCCAGCUAUGACAAAGGAACAUAUCAAGGCACAUUAUGAAUUUGCUAUGGCACACCAGCACUGGACAAUCAAUGACUGGAAGAGGGUCCAAUGGUCAGAUGAGACCAAGAUCAACAGAUUUGGGUCAGAUGGGCACUGCUAUGCCUAUAAAAGGGUUGGCCAGGCACCUCAGCCCCACCAGAUCAUCAAAACCAAUAAGAAUGGAGGAGGCCAUGUCAUGAUAUGGGCAUGCAUGGGGUGGAAAGGCCCUGGUCUUAUGUGCAAGAUAGAUGGGUCUCUCACCAAGGAACUCUAUGUGGAGAUCCUAGAAGAUGAAUUCAAGCAAACUCUGGAGUACUAUGGGCUGGACAUGCAGAAGGGCAUAUUUAUGCAAGACAAUGCAAGCUCCCACAAGGCCCAUAUUAUAAAAGACUGGUUCCAAGAGAAUGGCUUAGAGGUCUUUGAGUGGCCUGCUAACUCCCCAGACCUCAAUCCAACUGAAAGCCUUUGGGAUCAAAUCAAGAGGGAGCUUUAUAGCUAUGAAACCCCUGCAAGUGGAAUGUUGGAAUUAUUGGAGAGGGUGCAGGAGAUUUGGGACAAAGUUAGUACCCAGAAGUGCCAGGAUUUGAUAGAGAGUAUGCCUAAGAGAAUUCAGGCUUGGAUCAAGGCCAAAGGUGGCCCAACCAAGUAUUGA